AUGAGCUAUUCACCUUUCGCCCGCUGUCUGUUCGUCAGGCUAGUAAGAGAACGCUACUUUACCGAUGAUGAUGACAAUGACACAGUCUCCAAUGCUGCCCAGGCGCUUCUCACUAUCGCCACUGAUACCUCUGCUAAGGCCAAGGCGGAGGAGGAAGAGCAGACUGCUUAUGAGGCUAUGAUGGAGCGGGUGAAGGAGGCUGAGGCGCGGUUUGCGAGGUUAAGGCGUAACAUGGCAAAGAAUAGUAAGAGGAGGAAGAUCACUCACAGUGGGGACACUGACGGCUACAAAGGUGUCAGUCAAUUAAGUGUGACACCGCAGACACGUGAGAACGAUGAGGAGUCUCAGAAGAUCACAGCGGAGAUCAGAAGACUCGUGAAGGAGCUUGAAGCACUUACGGAAGAAACGAGCUCGAUGAUGCACGAUAGUGGGGUGCGUGUUGUCAAGGAAUAG